UAAAUGCCUAAAGUGGGUCCCAUAGUUUCCCCAGCCAGCCAGCCAGUUGAAAGUGAAAUGUCGCUAACGGCGGGAAACUGUUCUUGAAUAGGGUAACUGCGGACUCUAUAACCCUUUGUUCAUUUUUUGGCCUGUUUGGUAACGAACAGCUCUCGAAUUUUCCACGUUGCCAGGAAAUUUCUAAACACGUUGCCUAGCCAACUAAAUAAACAAUCUCGAAGGCUACUACACUCGGAAAAUAAAUAAAAAAAUCAUUGCAGUGUUUUGCCUUCAUGGCGAGAAGCUCGUAUAUUUUUUCGCUGUGAAGUAGGCUAAGAAAUACUUCAAUAAAUCAAUGUAGUAGCAUUGAAAAUAGUUUGAAGCCUAAGUAACAAACGGUGUUGUCGAUUUUUCCCAUUCGGUCGAGUUCACCACAGCAGUGCUCAACCUGUCGAAAAGCUAAAAACUUGUUUAAACCCUGUGAGAAAGUGUGAAAAAUUUUAAAAAAUAACUUGAAUUAUCAAUCAAGUGUCUUCAGUCCGCCUUGUGAAAAUGUCGAUCUUUAACCAUCCGGAACAGCUGAAGAUGCUGCAGGACCUCCUGAAUCCCAAUCAGAGAAGAGGCGGCAUUGACUACAGCAGCAGUGAGGACGAGGAGGAGUCCAUGGUCGUCCACAAGCUGAAUCCUGGUGCAAUUGGACGUCCCAAGACUGAAGAUGCUGCCACUAAGGCUAAGAAGAAAAAGAAACUGAAUCCUUUGUGUACUCCCUUGGUGGAGGAGGAGAAAAAGCUGCCUGAGAGUCUGGAAGAAUGGCAGGAUCGCCAGGAGAAGGAGGACAAUGAUAUACUCGAAACGCGGAAGACGCCCGAGUAUACGAUGACCUAUCGCCAAGCAGUGGGCACCGAGGAUGUCUUCUUGCAGAUGGGCAAUCGCACUGGAGCCUCGGCCAGCUGUGAGGAUCUCAUAGUGGAGGUUUCCCUGCCGGACGAGGAAAUGACUGCCGACAAGAUGUCGCUCAGCUUGCAGGAAACUGAAUUGGAUUUGGGCACAUGUCUGUACCGCUUGCGAUUACCGCUUCCCCAUCCCGUGAAUGUAGAUCGCUGUCAUGCGAAAUACGACAGUGAGCUGAAGAAACUGCGGCUCACUCUGCGCCUGCAGCGGGAGCUAGACUACGUUAAUUUCUAAAAACCAAUUUUGUUUUCAUUUUACACACUAGACACACACACAGCAUAAGAGUGUAAAAUUUAAGUUCCAAAAUUGUAACGUGUGGAAAUAAUUGAGUAUAUAUAACAUUUA